UGGGUUUGGGGCCUUGGGCCAUUCAAACAAAUGUCACUGCUUCACCCACUCCAUGAAAAUCUGAUAUUUGUAGUGGGCACCGAACAUACCUCAGUCACUAACAUUGAUUCCAUUUCUUUUCUUCAACUUAUGCUUCUUCUCAGUUUUUGAAUAUGUUCUUAAACUUAAACCCCUUCAAUUUCAUCACCCACCCCUCUCAUAGACAUAGUUCUCAAAUUUUCUUCAAAUGUCUUUUGCUCACCUUCUACGCCUUUUCGGCGACACCCAAUGCGUCCUCAAAGGCAGAGCAGUCCAUGGCAAGAUUAUCACAUCUGGGUUUUUCCUCGAUGCAUAUGCACAUAACCAUUUGAUGUCUUUGUACCUAAAAAUUAAUCGUAUAAAUGAUGCUUGCAAGGUGUUUGAUAAAAUGCCUGACAGAAAUCUUGUUUCAUGGACUGCUCUAAUAUCUUGGCAUUCCAAAAUGGGUAUGCCAGAAGAAGCCUUGAAUUGUUUCAGAUUAAUGGCUAAAGAUGGUUUUGAUCCCAAUAAUCAUACAUAUGUUGGUGCUAUAUCUGCUUGUGCUAGUUUAGGUGAUGCAAGAGCUGGUAAAGAGAUUCAUGGAAGGAUUUAUAGGCAUGAGCAAGAGUUGAAUGGUAAAGUUAGUAAUUGCUUGGUUAAUAUGUAUGGGAAAUGUGGUUUGUUGAAAUCUGCCCGGCUCAUGUUUGAUGCGACUUUGAAGCCGGAUUUAGUUUCUUGGACUUCAAUACUUUCUUCUUAUUGUCAAUGUGGGGAGAAUGUAGAGGGUUUAAAGAUUUUCAUGAGGUCACAGGAGGAAGGAGUGGAAGUAAAUGAAUUUUCUUGCGCGAGUGUGUUGGGAGCUUGUGCUUCACUUGAGAACUUGAAGGUUGGGAUGCAAGUGCAUCCCCUUGUCAUAAAGUGUGGACUUGGAUUUGACACCUUUGUUGUGACAGCAUUGAUAAAUCUUUAUGCAAAGUGUGGCGAAUUGGACUAUGCUCAUCAGGCAUUUUUGGAGGUGGAUAAGCCACAGUUGCAGGCUUGGAAUGCACUAAUGGGAGGCUGUGCUCAACAAGGAAAAGCAAUAGAAGCUAUUGAUCUUUUCCACAAGUUCCAUUCUUUGGGUUUGAAACCUAGUGAAAGAACAUUCUCAUCAGUACUUGGAGCAUUAGCAGAUACAGUGGAUGUUGAAGUUGGAACACAACUCCACUCUUUGAUCAUUAAAAUGGGGUUCAAUUCCUUUAUAUUCGUUGGCAAUGCAAUUCUGGAUUUUUACUCAAAAUGUGGGCUUCUUGAGGAAUCAUCAAAAACUUUUGAGGAAAUGCAUGAACAUGAUGUUAUCUCGUGGAAUGCACUGAUUUCCGGGCAUGUUAGAUAUGGUCAUCAUGGAGAAGCUAUUGAGCUUCUAAAGGAUAUGUUGAUUGAAGGAUUUGAACCAAAUCUUCAUACAUAUCCUAGCAUUUUUAGCAUAUGUGGUGAUAUCCCCGCAAUUGAGUGGGGUAAACAAACACAUUGCCGCAUCCUAAAACCUGGGUUUGACUCAAAUGUGGUUGUAGGGAGUGCUCUUAUAGACAUGUACGCUAAGUGUGGAAGACUAAGUGAAGCUCAGAAAGUUUUUGACGUUCUAGUUACAAAAAACUUGGUUUCCUGGAAUACCAUACUUGUGGGAUAUGCCCAACAUGGAUUUGGGAGGGAAGCUUUAGAGAUCUAUAACAUAAUGCGUAGUAAUGGGAUCAAACCUAAUGGUAUUACUUUUCUUGGAGUCUUAUCUGCUUGUGGGCAUGUGGGGCUUGUAGAGGAGGGAUGGCACCACUUCAAUUCGAUGAUCAAAGACCAUGGCAUUUCCCCAAGAACAGAUCAUUUAGCUUCUUUAGUCAGCCUCUUUGCCUGUAAAGGACAGACAAAAAGAGCUUUUGAACUCAUAAGGAGUUUUCCAAUGGAGUCUAAUAAGGUGGUUUGGCGGUGUCUCUUGUCUGGCUGCAAAAUUCACAAGGAUGUAGCUCUGGGAAGAUACGCUGCUGAGAAAAUUUUGAGUAUUGAUCCAGAAGACACUUCAGCUCAUAUCAUGCUUUCAAAUAUAUAUGCUGAGGCCAAGAUGUGGAAUGAAGCAGCACAAGUGCGAAAAAUAAUGAAGGAGAAGGUAUUAAAGAAAGAUACAGGAUAUAGCUGGGCUGAAUUGAAGAACAGUAUAUACUACUUUUCUGCAACUCAUUACACACAAUUCCAAGAAACAAAUCUCCAUGAGGUAUUGGAUGGGUUGACAGCCCAGUUGUUUGACACUGGAUACAUGCCUGAUGCUAUGUUUGUAUUGCACUGUGGGGAAUAAGCAAGGGAUAUUAGAUAAAAAAAGUAUUUGUUCAUACAUUAUAGUCUUUUACAUGUGAGAAAAUAAGAUAAAUGAAUCCAUGAUCAUCUGAGAUGAUCGAUAUUUCUAUGAGAUGAUAUUGAAAUAGGACUAAACAGUAUAGAAAGAAUUGAAAAGUAAAGUGAUGUUGACUUCUUAUAGUAACUUGUAAGAAAGACAGUCAAUCUAAGGUCACAUUACCACACAUAAAGUUGUAAU